AUGAGUGCUAAUACAAACGAACAAAGUUCUGCCAGGACUGGUUCCGGUGGUAGCAGAGGUUCUCGCAGAAACCGGCCUAGCACCAAGAAUGACGAUCGAAAGUCCAAUCCCAGAGGCAAAACUUCUAGGAGGAAGCCAAGAGCUAAGGCUAGAGAAGUGAAGAACGAUUACAGAUUUUUGGAGAUAGUUAAAUUGAUAAAAUUUUACAAACCAGUAACAAUUAAUGGUGUAUCAAUUAAUAGCAUUACCGAGAAGGCAGAAAAGGAAAAAGCAGAGACGGCAGCUGCACCUGAAAAGAAGGAUCUUGAAGAAGGUGAAACAGAAACUGAAACAGAAACAGAACCAGAAACAGAAACCGAAAGUAAAACAGGAAAGUCCCCACAAAGCACCACUUUCGAUGACCCAGUGCAUAGAUUUAUUGGUAAGUGUAUAACAGAAGGAACCGCCAUAUACAUUCUGAUGAUGUUCCCACCUGCUGAUCCCGAUUUCCCGUACGAUUUGGAUAUUCUCAAGAUCAGUCUUUGUGUGCCAGCCAAGUAUCCGUACGACUCGCUGAUCCUGCCCUCUAUCUAUGUGCUUAAUGACGAUAUUCCAAGAGGUUUUGCCGUUAAUAUAGAGAUCGGUUUUAGAGAAAUAACAGCAAUGGCCCAGGGCAAGGCUAGUCCAGGCAUCUCUGAAGAAGAGAUUACGCUAGCAAAGGGCAGGGGACUACUUUCACAAAUUCAAACGUUGGAUAGAAACUUGGAGUUUUUCUUGAAAAAGGAAAGAAAGGAGACCGUGAAAUUUGUAAAGGGUAGUAAUAAGAAGUCGAAGAAUCCACUGGGAUCCAGUCCUGCCCCUUCACCUACCCCACCACCUAAUUUGACUCCCACACCAACUCCAUCUCCAGCUCCUUCCCAUGCAUUAUCUAAUAGUACUGCUAAUCCUUUGAGACAACAGUAUUUAGAGUCGCUUACUUCGAAGAUUCCAUCUAAACUUUUUACUAAGAAUGACAGAGAAAACGUUUACCGCAUAGAACUUCCUGUUAAUGCUUCAUCUAUAUCGACUCCAAAGUCUUGGCUGCAAAAGGAAUCGAUCGAUGUUAGAUUGCAUGUACCUGCAUCGUACCCAGAAGAUAAGGCAUGGAUCUCCAUCCCUGCACAAAUGUUGAAUAAGAUUACUACCGCUAGACCGAAUGCUGGAGAGUCGUAUACUCCGGGCCAGCUCGAAAGGUUUGCGAAAGACGCUGCAUUGGAGAGACAAGAAUUGGCACGAGCUGCAAAGUCGUUAGAAAAGAAUUUUAAGAGAAUCCCUGAUUUCAUAAAGAGCACAUCUAGCGAUUUGGUGGGAUUGUUGAACUUCGCAGCAAAUUACACUGGGUUAUUGUGCCAAAAUGAGAUUGAAUUCAGAGAAAUGAUUACGUUAUUAAAGAGUUAA